AUGAUUGAUUCUAUUUUCGAGGACCAACAUCCAAAACUGGACUUUUGUGAGCAUUUUAAUGAGAGUCCUGCAGAAAAUUCAGUUGAGUCUGUUCUUGAGUCGGCGGAGGUGUGUAGUGAUAUGUGUGGGAAUGAUGCCUACGGUGAUUUAUUUCUUAUGGAUACAGGCGAGCUACUUGGCCUUCGGGAGGAGGUAAUUGGUAGUGACAGUUCAGAGCCAAGUGAAUCAAGGGGCGAACCGGCGGAUUUUGGUGCCGAAUUAGACGCUCUGCAGAAGAGUGAAGAUGUCACCACAUCUCUGCUCUCAUUCUCUGAGGAAGCGCCACUUUCUCUCCUUAAUGGUGGCGGCAAUGGCGUUGGCCCUGAUUGGACCUCCAAUCUGAAGGUCACCGUGGAUGACCUUACGGUGGCAGCGGGGGACGGUACCGCCACUGUUACCGCUGCGUCGCCCACACAUAUUGUUGUCACCUCUCCUGCGGUCAUCACCUCGUCACCACAAAAGGUGGCUGUCGUGACUACCACUCCAGCGGCAACAACGACAACAACCACUCCUGCUGUCAAGAGCCUAAGAAUCUUCCCAAUCGCCACCUAUCGUCUACCUACUACUUCGACCGCCAAAAGGGAUCUAGUCACGUGGCCGGGAAAUCUGACUCUUUUCUACUCAAAACAGACCUCACUUAGCACUCAGGUCGCUUCUCGAGGAAAUGUAUUGAGCUACAGGGCAUCGUCGUUGAGAUGCCGUGAUCGGAAUAGUUUACAUCCAAGCACCGGUUGGCAAGUGGUGGCUAUCUCGGCGCCAGGCGCGACUACCACCGGGGUCAGCCGUCGUCUCUUCUCCCCUUCCGUCGCCUCUGCCUCUGUCAACGAGCGACGCGGUCCACUAUUGACAUCCACCACCGUUUCCUCUGUAGUAAAGCUGCCCACCACUGGCUCUGCUGCCGCACCAUCGCAACAGGCAGGCUCUACGACGGGGCCGGGUUCAGCGGGCACAAUGCGUUGCGUGGUGUGCCCUCAGUUGGGUUGCGGAAAGGCAUUUCGUGACACUGCGGCGAUGAGGAAGCAUCUGCACACCCACGGGCCACGAGUGCACAUCUGUGGGGAGUGUGGAAAGGCGUUUGUAGAGUCGAGUAAACUGAAACGUCAUCAACUGGUGCACACGGGCGAAAAGCCUUUUCAGUGUACUUUUGAGGGUUGUGGAAAACGCUUUUCCCUGGAUUUUAACCUGCGCACCCACCUCCGAAUCCACACAGGGGACAGACCCUAUCCCUGCCCCCAGCCUGGCUGCUCCAAACGGUUCGCUCAAUCAACUAAUCUCAAGUCGCACCUGGCCACCCACACAAAACUCCGCCCGCCUCAUACAUCCACCUCACCCACUGCUACCGCCGCUGUCGCCUUUGCUGCUAAUUCCACCGGCGCCGGUGUGCACCGAGUAAAACCGGUGUCGGCAUUCCUGGCCGACCACCAAAAGCACCAUCACCAGCAUAGCCAUCAGCAACAGCAUCAGCAGCAUGGCAGCUAUGGAUUUUACCUGCCUGCGGCCUCGGGUACUGCCAUCUCUGCGACUGUUGCAACCACUGCAAUGUCUCCUUUAGAGGAUUCAAGACCAGCCUCACCUCCCUACUUAACGAAAGUGGCAGCAGCAACAGCUGCCUUCUACAAACUAUACGGUGACGAGGAGAUCACCUUCCCCAGAUCCCAACAGCAUUUCGUCUCCUCCGUGAAGACGGCCUCUUCACAUCUGUUAGCCUUCCAGUCAUCAUCGUCACCACCAUCAUCCCAACCCUCCUCUCUCUCAGCUUCGGCCACCUCGGCACCCUCUCGCCCACGCAUCCUUCUUACCAAUCGCGGUCGAAGUCUUGCAUUCGAGCGGGCCACUCUUCCACCGAUACCGCCAGUAACAACAGCGAGGACCCUUACGGUGUUGAAGAGAGAGGACUUUAGCCCUCAUUUUGACGAUCCUCUGCUCUCCUCAGUGCUACCACCUCCGUUGCACAACAAGGCUAACCGGAAGCAGAAUCUCUUUCCUCCUCCCCCUCCCACCCCUUCCGACAAGUCUACCGCUGCCAUCUCCGUGGUUGGCGAUGAUGAUGGUGUUGGCUCCAUAGCGGCCAUGGGAGAGGAGGGCGAAGAAGAGGAUGACGGUGGUAAUGGUGAAGAAGGAGUGCAAGAUGGAUUUAUCUGUGGUCUCCCACUCUCCUCAUCUUCCUCUUCAUCCUCCGCUGCAGCCGCUGCGGUUGCUGCGAUGAACGCACCGACGCGUAGGGGUCGGCGGAGGACUGUUAAACGGGGUAGUAACAGCACUACCGCUACCACAGCUAACGCUGUCUCGGUCCCACGAAAAGUGGCCUCUUCAUCACCCUACUUCACUCGUUCCUCGGUGGUGGCUGCCAACCAUCGUCAGAGACGGCGACGCCGGAGACGAGGACGAGGAUCAGCUUAUCAGCCACAGCGUGGAAUGAAGGGGUUGGGUGCGCCACCGAGUCACCAUCAUCAGCCGAUGCGCCGUAAGGUGGUGUAG